AGGCCCUUCCGCGACGUCAAACUUAGCUGCCCUUUGGGGAAGGGAGGGUGGCGGGAGGAGUAAGAUCUCGAAGCUUCGGAGGGUGCGGCCGACAUCCGGGCACCUGGGGCCGUCGAGCUGAGGCGCGCCUCGGGGCCCUGCUUGUUAGGGCUGCGGCCAUGCUGAAGUGCGGGAUGAGCGGCAGUCAGGUGAAAGUAUUUGGGAAAGCAAUCCAAGCUCUAUCACGAGUCAGUGACGAGCUGUGGUUAGACCCAUCUGAAAAAGGUCUUGCUUUAAGAUCUGUGAAUUCUUGUCGGUCAGCAUACGGAUGUGUUCUCUUCUCUCCUGUGUUUUUUCAACAUUAUCAAUGGUCAACCUCAGUGAAAAUGAAUGAUAAUGAUUCGACUUCAUCAAACUUAAAUUGCAAAUUGGGAAUGAAGUCAAUUCUGCCCAUCUUUAGAUGCCUGAAUUCCCUCGAAAGAAAUGUAGAGAAGUGCAAAAUAUUCACCAGGUCUGAUAAAUGUAAAGUGGUUAUUGAAUUCCUCUGCAGACAUGGUAUUAGAAGAACUCAUAAUGUAUGUUUUCAAGAAAGUCAGCCCUUGCAAGUUAUUUUUGAAAAGAAUAUGUGUUCUAAUACACUAGUGAUUCAACCAAGAGUGCUUGCUGAGGCGAUUGUUCUUUUCACAUCAAGUCAAGAAGAAGUUACUCUUGCUGUUACCCCACUCAGUGUUUGCCUUAAGAGUUCCAGUGACGAACCAGUGGAUUUGACCAGUUCUGUGUACAGUGAGAUGUUUGUUGGCCCAGAUGAGUUUGACUUCUUUCAAAUUGGAGUUGAUAGUGAAAUAACAUUUUGCUUCAAAGAAUUGAAGGGAAUACUGACGUUUUCGGAAGCUACACAUGCUCCUAUAGCCAUUCAUUUUGAUUUUCCUGGGAAACCUAUGGCUUUAAGUAUUGAUGAUAUGUUAUUGGAAGCUAACUUUAUUUUGGCUACAUUAGCUGAUGAGCCAAGUAGAGCAUCUUCUCCGCAGUCACUGUGUCUUUCCCCAAAACAAAAAAGGUCAGAGCCGCUGAGUUCAAAUUCAGAGGCUGGUAAAAAUGUAACCAGCAAGGCCCCAGAAUGUAUCCUGAGAAAAGUAGCACCUAAAAGGCUUUAUCCGAAGGAGACUCUCACAGAUGUCUCUGCACUGGAAAACUGUGGCAGCCCCAUAAUGAAAAGAGCGAAUGGAGACAGGAGUGAAGUGUCGGAAAGCAGCGUCAGCGACACGGAGGAGGUGCCAGGGUCUCCGUAUCUGAGGAAGUUUUCUUGCAUGUUCUUUGGAGCAGUUUCUUCUGACCAGCAAGAACGCUUCAACCACCCUUUUGACGGUCUGGCAACAGCAAGUGACAGUGAAGAGGACAUGAAUGAUGGCAGUUUUUCCACAUUCUAACACUUAAUGAUGGCUGAAUUGGCCCUCAGCCCAUUUGCUAGCUCACUUGCAACCUCAGACACGUUUUCACAUUUAGUCAAUAAAGAUAUUGUCUUGGCCUUCCUCGAAAUGGGGGAUGGGUUUCUGCUUUUCUCAACAUCAUCAUCUGGUAUAACAGCCAUAUCUAGAAAUAGCUGCUUGUUAAGUGGACAUAUUUACUUUAAAUCCAUUAUGCUACUUGGGAGGCAGAAGAGUUUUCCCGUGCAGGGAAAAAGCCCAUUCGAGUUCUCUAAUUCAGUGCACGUUCACACUAUAGCUUUUAGCAUUUUCUUUGCCAGUUUUUAUAAAGGUAUUUAGACUUUCUUCAGCAGCUCUUUGGAAUGCGUCAAUAUGGCCUGUGGUCUUGUGACUAGUAGGUAGCUUUUGUAUUUGAUUGCAAACAUUUGAGUUUGGGUGCUUUCAGACAGUUAAAAGUUAUGCAAUCUUUCCUCGUGUAAUGCGUGACUUUUUUUGUUCAUUGCUUUUUAUACUUUAAGAUUUUAAGUAAAACAAUCUCU